AUGUAAUACAGUAUAUUAAUAGUAUUUAUGUCCUUUGUUGCAAGUUUCAAUUAUUUACCAGAAGUUGAAAUAGACUUGAGUAUUGAACCAAAAUAACGAUGGAAAUAAGCAAUUCGUAUCAUUAUUGAAUAAUAUGGAUAUGAAAAUUCUUUUGGUUAAGUUUUUGAAUUUCAUAAUAAAAAUACAUUCUAUAUACUUGAUCCAUAAGACUAUAGUACAAUAGCUAAAGCAAUAAGAAUACAUUAUCCUGAAUAUUCAUUAGAAUUAGAUGGAAUUGUAGAAGAAUUAAAUAGAAGUGAAAUAACCUUUGAAUAUUUAUCUGCUUGGGCAUAUUUUCAUGAAAUUGCCCAUAUAUCAACUGACAUCACUGAAUCUACUGGACUUCUUUUAUAAGUUGGAGAUUAAAUUAUACAUGGAAGAAAUAUGGAUUAAGCCCCAAUUUAAGCUAGAAAUAUUAUUUUACAUUUGAUCAUUAAGAAAGAUGGAUAAUAUUUAGGUGAAUCAGUUGAAUGGUAUUGGUUUAAUGUAGGAUUCAUUACUUUAUUAAAAUACAAUGUUGCAUACUUGAAGAAAAUUGGAGAUUUUGUAUACCUUUAAACAAAAACCAGUUAAUGAUCUUUAUUGAAUAGGGAGUAUCUUCAUUAGCAUGGACUUAUAGAUACAUUUUAAUAAAUGAAAAUAUGAACACAUUCGAUAAAGUUGUCUCAUAUCUCGAACAAAAUUAAGUAGCUAGUUCAUUUUAUAAUGUGAUUGGUGGAAAAGAGAAAAAUUAGGGAGUGAUCAUCUCAAGAGAUCCAUUCAUUAUGUAUCCAACCAUUAGUUUGAAUACUUCAAUACUAAACUAAAUCAAUUAUUAAUACUUGGUUUAAACAAAUUAUGAUCAUUGGUUACCUGACCCUUAGAAUGAUCAAAGAAGAACAAUGGCUGAGAACUUAUUAGCUUAAUUGCAAAUACAUCAAUGGAAUGAAUUUGGAGUGUUUGCUGUAAUGGAAACUUACCCAAUUCAUAAUGAAGGUACUUUCUACACUAUUAUAAUGAAUGCUAAAUAUAAUAGAUUGAUAGCAUUUGGAUAACCCAAUAUGACAUAAAUUGAAAAUUGA